UUUAUCACAGGACGUGCUCUGGCAACAGUGUCGAGGAGGGUUUGUUUACAUGAGUGUCAGAGGCUGUCCAGACAUUUUAAACUGAUGGGUGAUGUUGGUGAGGAUGACUUGGAAGUUAUACGCACAAUUCUGGUGGAAGUACAGCUUGCACAGUUUUUCACCAGGAUUCGUGAUGAUCUGCAGGUUACAAGACUAAGCCACUUUGAGUAUGUUCAUGCUGAAGACUUGGAGCGCAUUGGUCUUGGCAAGCCUGCAGCAAGAAGACUGUUGGAAACUGUCAAGAAGAAGCGUGCUGCAGCUUGGAGGAAAAAUUUGGUGUCCAAGAUCUUAUCUACUGGUGGAUCCCCGUCUAGUAAGCAUAGAUCACCACCGUCAAGGACAAAUGACACUUUGCCAUCUAGCCUCACUUGUCUCAUUCAGGAGAAGGAUAUUGUUCAAGGACGGAAAUUAGGUGAUGGAAGCUUUGGUGUUGUAAGAAGUGGAGAAUGGACCACUUCAAAUGGACAGAUGAAAGAGGUGGCUGUCAAAAUACUGAAGCAAGAUGUCAUCCAUGUUCCUGGUGCCCUUGAUGACUUUAUUCGUGAGGUUCAGGCGAUGCAUCAGCUGUCUCAUCCUAAUCUCAUACAAUUGUUUGGGAUAGUCCUUUCCAAUCCUCUGAUGAUGGUGACAGAGAUUGCCCCCCUUGGCUCCUUGCUGGAUCACCUUCGCAAGCAGGCAGCACAUGUUCCCAUCACAGAUCUUUGUGAUUACUCAGUACAAAUAGCCAAUGGUAUGAAGUAUCUAGAGAGUAAGAGAUUUAUUCACCGUGAUCUAGCAGCAAGAAAUGUAUUGUUGGCAUCUUCUGAUAAGUUGAAAAUAGGAGACUUUGGCCUUAUGAGAGCAUUACCCCAGCAAGAAGAUUGUUAUGUUAUGACAGAGCAGAAGAAGGUUCCUUUUCCAUGGUGUGCACCUGAAAGCCUCAAGUCUAAACAGUUUUCUCAUGCAUCAGAUGUCUGGAUGUAUGCUGUGACACUCUGGGAAACUUUCACCUUUGGGGAGGACCCAUGGGUGGGCUUGAAUGGACAGCAAAUCCUGAAAAAGAUUGACCAGGAGGGAGAGCGCCUCGUAUGUCCUCCUGCAUGUCCCUGUGAUUUAUAUGACCUUAUGUUGCAGUGCUGGUCUCAUGAUCCUGGUGAACGUCCAACAUUCUCCCAAAUCUAUGAGCGUGUAGCAGGAAUUAUGCCAAAUGUUAUGAAAGCUCAGCAGCCAUGGGAUGAAGAAGGAAGACUGAAGGUGGAAGUUGGAGACCUCAUUGCAGUGAUAGAUGGCAUCCCAGAAAAUUACUGGUGGAAGGGACAGAAUCAGAGAACCUUCCAAAUUGGAGACUUUCCACGCUGCAUUGGGGACCCUCAGAGAAGACUUGCCAAUCAAGACAUAAGCAAACCUCUUCGUAACUCCUUCAUACACACAGGUCAUGGUGGAGUUUCGGGCAAGACGUGGGGGAGUCCUGCAUUCAUUGAUGACAUGUAUCUUAGAAAUCCCAUGGAACCUCCAGAUAAACAUGGAAAACCCAUGUCUCCACGCAGAGUCAAACACCAAUCUUUUCGUCUUAAGCAAGGGCAACGUCGACAGUUUAACUACAAUCGUCUGGUUAAUGAAAUGUGGCCUGAUGAUGUUUCAAAGGCACAGACUCUGAAAUUUGAUAAAAGAUCAUCUCAAGGAAGAGAUGACCUCUUGAUAGAUCUUUCGGAAAGUGGACGCCAAAGAUCUCAUUCUGUUACGGAUCUUAGAGUCAGCAGUUCAUCAGAUUCUGGCCAGCAUAGAGGCAGUGCUUCCUCCCUUAUUGACUUGCCUAUUCCGCCUACUCCUGUGUAUGGAAAUGUCAUCACAGGUGCUCCAGUUGAGCUAGGCAGUGACCGGACAUAUGAAAAUAUCACUCGUGCAGCUGCUGCCUCAACUGGAAAUGCUCAGCAACCCCUCAGAGUUCCCAUCCGUCCCUCCCCAAGUCCUCCCGUCCAUCAACUACAAAAAAGACAACAACAGAAACAACAGCUUGAAAGCCAGCAAGAUCAGCUUCUUCAGAACCGUGUGCAGACUUACGAAAAUCAGGGCCAGGAAUCCCAACAAAAUCAACAACUACAACUACCACUACAGCAGCAAUCUCAGACUGGGGCACCACCUGUUCCUGCUAUAUAUUCUAAUUCUUUUGAUACCCAAGAUGAGCCAUAUGAUGACUUUGAUGAUGAUUCUGAUGAGUGGGACGAUGAUAUUCAAAGUGUUGCUGAUGAUAGAUAUUCUGCAGAAAACAUCCUACAUGACAAAUACAGCAGUCAGGUUUCUAACCACAGCCAUGCUGGACUUCCCAUUGCAACUGCCAGUCAGGUCAGCAACACUCAAAGGUUUUGUGAGAGCAAUGCCACUAAUGAGUAUUAUCCCAAUAUGACUGAAGGGUCAGAUCCUUUUGACACAUCCCACAUACGAUGCUAUGAUGAACCACCUUUAGAAAUUCCUGAUGCUCAGACUCUCCCAGCAAAUACCAAUGGCAGUGAGGAUUAUAAUGUUAACAAUGCUAUGAUUAUGCAGAAUGCCAAGCCCUCUGCAAAUUCACCUGCAAACACUUAUAAUUCCCAUGACCAAACCAAAAACACUAUUGGAAGCUCUUUAAAUUCAAAUGAUUGUUCAUUUUCUAGUAGCUCUGUUACUAGCUUACCUUUAAAAAUCUCACAAAUAGCAUCCCCAAACACAUGUGAUUCUUCUUCGAUGCCCGUGAGGGCUGAUAUGCCUGCAGCCACUUACCGCAACACAGAGGGAAAUGAUAUGGUUGUCUCAACUAACAUGUUUCCAAUGAUUCACAAUAAUACUUCAAACAUGCCAGGACCUUCCCAAACCAGAGAUGGUCACCAAGUAAAUAAUGUUAGAGAUUUAAAUGCACAAAUUAGUAAUUUGUGGAUUUCAACCAUUUCCCAGCCACAAUCAGUUGUGCCUGUCACUUCAUCACCAGUAAGUUCAGCUAUCCAAAAUAGACAAGGACAUACUAUAAUUUCCCCCACUUCAUCAUCAUGGAUGAAUAAUGAAGCAAGGGACAGAGGACAAAACCGACAAGUUGCCAUUCUUCAACCAACUGUUGCAAAACCUCAACCUGUUAUAUCAAAUCUUUCCCCAGUGUCUAAUCAGCCUGGACAGCUUGCCUUACCAGCACCUCUCACACCAACAACUGUGGCACUCCCAAAACUUGAUCGUUCCUUUAUAGCAGAGUUAGAGAAGUCUCUUGGAAAAGACCAGGCCUCUGCAAACACAUUUAAUACAAGUGAUAAGAAAAUGAAUAAUGCAGUGAGAGGCUCUUUUGUAUCUAGUCCACCUGCAGUCCUAAAUCAGAGUCAGAGAAUGGCAUCAGAAGUACCAGCUCUUCCUCCUCCUCAGCAAACUUCAAGUUCCAGAAGUCAGCAACAACUUGCUGUGUCCAGACUUACAAGUGAAAGCCAGGUAGUGGACUUACCUGGAGGACGACCUAGCUCCCACUCACAAGUUAAUACAGAAUCCACAAAUAAAAACAGUGCCUUUUCUGAUUUAGAUGUCCUCAGCUCAUCAAAAACUUUAGGCUUAUUAUCUGAGCAAACCAUAGACACUGGGCAGUACUUUCCAAAGACUGCACAUGUUCGGCCUUUUCUUCAGCAGCCACAAACUACAGGGCAAAACAUGAUGAGAGGAAUGGCUAGUGGAAGUAUAGGAAACUUUGCUACAUUUCCAAGAACUUCUGGCAGUACAGUUCAGCAGAACAGCAUUGUUUCUGCAGGAUCAAUGCAUACUGAUACCAGUAAAUUUGCUGAAAGCGUAAGUGCCCAAUUCCAAGCAGUGGAACGUUGGUCACACUUAGAGGAGGGCACAAAACCAACACCAGCCAUUUCAAACUUGAAUACUAUACAUCCUGGCUUUCAAAUGAACUACAGCUGGCAACAGCCAUCAAGUUACAGAUCUCAAAUCCAGUCAUCUCAGACAAGCUCAAUACACUCUGCCAGUAUCAGGCCUUGGAAUGGACAGUUUCAGCAACAUCAGCAGCAGAGUAUCCAUCAGCAUCACACUCAGCAAGUGGAGGUGCCACACAGUACAGUGAUACAGCCAACUGUUGUCUUGAGUCCCCAACUCACUGUAAACUAUAAUCAGAUGGUGUGUAGUGGUGGUGCCAGUGGUGGUGGUAGUGGUGCCGCAGGGGGUGAGGCUCUUGUGUGCCGGGUUGCUGCUGUGGUUCCUGGUACGAGCGAGGCUUCAGCAAGGCAGGCAUUACAUGUUGCCAGUGGGGAUUACCAGGGUGCUGUGCGCUUCCUAAAGGUGGAAAAACUUUACAGACUGGGUGUGGCGAGCAAAGAUGAGUGUGAGGUGAUCUUGGAAGCCAACAGCUGGGAGUUGGAAAGGUCAGCCUCAGCUUUGCUAGACAAGUUUGUCUAAGAGUGGAGAGUAGUAGAGAUGCUAAGUUGGAUCCUUCUAGAGCUGUGCAAGACACACAAAGGAAUAUUGCUGUUAUGACUGUCAGCAUAUGCAGGAAUGAAAGUUAUUUAAUUACUUUUUUAUAGAAACAUUAACUCUGUGUAAUCUCUGCUGUAUUACAAAGAAAUGCAACUACCAUGUGCAUUGUGUACCAUAUACAUCCAUAGAUUUAUAACUGGUUUCUGUGAUCAGUAUUUGGAAUGUAUUAAUUAUAAAUUUAAAUUUGCAUUUUCCAGAACCUAAGCAUGAUCAGAUACAUGGAAGGGAUUGCUUUCCAGUUUGACAAGUAAACUAUAUAUCUUUGUGAUGAUUCUGCAUGUUGGUAUGCAUUUGAAUCCCAGUUUCAGUCCAUGAACCUUUUUUAAUCAGUUUCGAGGAUGAUUGUUGUGAUGAUUAUUAUUGUUGUUGUUAUUAUUAUUAUUAUUAUUAUUAUUAUUAUUAUUA